AUGGUGAAAAUUCCGGUCCAUGCGCUUCUGCCGGUGCUUGUCGGGCUUUUCAUUGCCUGGCAACAGGGCAGCUUCAGCUCAGGACCUUCCAAACAGCUCACGAAGUCCCUGUCCAUGAUUCAGCUGAAGCCGGAGCUCAGCAAGAGCGAGGUGGAGGUCGAGAUGACGCCUUACACACCGGUUGCCAUUCAAAAGACGAUGCCCGGUGCCGGUGCCAUGACGAUGAGUCAGCCUUCUGGCUGUCCUCACGAGGAGGCCGGCCUCAUGCCUUUCAGCAACUUGGGCACGUCGGGGGACAUCACGAUCUCCAGUGGGCGCUACAUCCUCUCCGCCUCUGCAACAAUCCGAUCGCUCACGAUCAACAGCGGAGCUGAACUCAUCAUCGGCGAUGUGGCAGGUCUGUCGCUGGAAACGCAGGCGAUCUAUGUUCAAGGCACACUACGCUUGGGAUCGGCCACCUGCCCCUUGACGGCGGGAGGUCUGGUGGUGACCUUCACCGGCUCCGGCGACAUGUCCUCGAGGUCCACGAACCCCUUGAACACCAAGGGCCUGACUGUGGGUGGCGGCGGUAUCCUGGAGGUGUACGGAAAGCGCUACUGGCCUACCUGGACCCGCCUCUCUGCCAGCGCUCCACCGGGUGCAACGCAAUUGUCGCUGGCGGACGAGGUCGACUGGAUGGUCGGGCAGAAGGUGGUGUUGACGACCACCUCCUACGUCGAUGACGAUCCGAACGACCACCAGAACGAGGUCCGGGAGAUCGCGGCGGUGAGCGGCUCCCAGAUCACUCUGACUCAGGGCCUUCAGUUCGGGCACUACGGUGGGCCGGAGUACGCUGCAGAAGUUGCGCUGCUGUCUCGCACGAUCACCUUCCAAGGAGAUGCGGCCAGCGAAAACACUCGUUACGGCGGGCACAUCAUGUGCAUGCCUGGGUCCCAGUGCCGCAUCGCUGGGGCCAUGGCCUAUCGGAUGGGCCAGGAGAACAAAAUGGGCCGGUACCCCUUCCACUUCCACGUCAUGGGUCGAGUGAAUGGGGAAUCCUUCUUCGAAGACUGCCUGGUUCAGCACAGCUUCUUCCGUGCCUUCACGGUGCACGGCACGUCGAACUCGAGAGUGUCCCGCAAUGUGGCUUACGACAUUUCUGGGAGUGCCUACUAUCUUGAAGAUGGCAUUGAAGAGGACAACCUCUUCGAGUUCAACCUCGCAGCUUUCAUCCUCAUCAUCGACAAGCUCAACGACUACGGAGGCGGUGGCCAGGGCGGCGUGAGGAUCAACACGCAGCCGAGCCGCCUCGUGCCAACCGAUGCCACGGCUGUCGGGUUCUACUGCACGAAUGCGAAGAACAGAUGGAUCGGAAACUCCGCCAGCGGUGGCUUUGCUGGCUUCCAUUUUCCUCGCGUGCCCUAUGUCCUUGGCGACACUUACGCGCAGAACAAGGACUACCACCCGGAUGAGGUAGAGCUGGGCGAGUUUGAUUCAAACACUGCGCACUCAUCAGGCCGGCUGUGGAGCCGCGGCGGCUGCAUGUAUGUCGGCGGCGAGCUCUGGGAGGACAACAAGGGCUCCCAUGAGUACCGCUACACGAGUGGCCGGACAACAACGCGGAAGGAGGGCCGCUUCAUUUGGACGAACACCAAGGUCUUCGCUUGCCGGAAGGGCGUCCUUUUCUGGGGUUCCGGCGGCCGCUGGCCGGGUCUGGGCUUGGAAGGCUUCGAGGCGCACGACAUCUCUCGCGCGGUCACUAUGCUGGGGGACAACUACAUGUAUAACUCGGUGGUCAGCGCGCACACGGGCAACACCUUCGCCACAGACCUGCCGAAGGUCACGGACGGCUUCGAGCUGUACGACACCGGCAUGCAGACCAUCCUCUCGCAGGUAACAUGGCGAAACUUCGACCGACCCGGGGAUGUGGCCAUCAUGGACAUGACUCACAGCAACAUCUUCAAGCCUGCAGGAAUGUUUGACACACGGGCCCAAUACUUCGAGGGAACCCCCUUUGCGCAACGCCUGCGUCAUGUCGAACGAUACGCCUGCACCUCGUUCCAUCAGGACACCUGCAAGAACCGCUGCGACUUCUGCCCAGGGACGGCUGGAUCUUCGCAGGUUGCCAACAUGAUUGAUACGGACGGGACGUUGGUGGGUUGGAACGAGCCGGCCAUCAUCGGCGCGGAUGACGAGGAUUCAGAGACGAACUACCGCACGAAUGACUGGUGGCGCAUCGAUGACAGCUGCCAAAGGAAUUUUGACUGGGGCUUCUGGAUCUGCCCCACGAAGGGCCAUCGGGCGAUCGCGAGCUUGUUCUUCAUGAAGGGCCACCAGGACAGGUAUCCGGACCGCACGGAUUCCAGAACCGCCGUGGGCAAGGUGUACCACUUCGGCCACGAAGAUCGCCACGUCGACUUGGGCUUGGCCGAGAGCCCCAUGGUCACUGGGCCCUGCUGCGAUGUCGGGUGGUUCUUGGCAUUGGACAACGGCGCCGAGCCUCAGCUCACCAUCACCAUUGACCAGAUCCCCCCACAAGGUCUGGUUCUCGCCACGGCUUAUCCAAUGGGUUCCUCCAUCACCGUCCAGCGUUGCUGGCCGAAUUGCGCCAACAUGCCAAGAGGUUCUUCCUUGCAGGAAGUGCUGGACUCCACGGACGGAAACGUGUUCUUUGUGGACGGCUUGGGCCGACUCUUCCUGAAGUUCGUCUAUGCCGACAACGGCUACUUCGAGUUCGUGGGCGUCAAGCAGCUUUUGAACUCGCACCGAUACCACGCCGGCAAGGGCCUUCGAUACAAGAUCUCGAGCAGCCGAUCUGGAAGUGUCGGUGCACUGCAGCUGCCUGCGCCACUCGAUGGAAGCACCAUUUCGACCACGCCUUUCCAAUCGACCACCGAGUACUCCCACACCACUGAAGUUCCGACAACUUCCAGAGAUGUGAGCGGCUGCAGUGACAACUUUGGAGGCUGCAAGACGAGCCUUUGCUGCAAGUCUAACGGCUGGACAUGCUACGAGAAGGAUGCCUACUAUGCACAGUGCCGCCAAAGUUGCACACCAGGUAUCAACCCAAAUGACGCGCCACAGUAUCAGACUCCGUGGAGCUGCAACAUCUUGGGGCAAACCACGCAGCCUGCGACUACAAGCACACCAGGUGCCACCACUGCCACUACGACGGCAGCCACUACGAUGCCUAUGACGACACCGGAGGCGACCACAGCAACAACGACUGUUGCGGUGACGACUACGACCACCACAACGAUGACGGCUGCGGCAGGGAGCUUCGUUCCGGUGGACGGAGGUCAGAAUGUCGUUUGCCGCGGCGCCAGCUCCAGCGACAAUUCCGAGAGCUACUACAUCUUUCACAACGGCGUUGACUCGAUCGAUGAGUGCAAGCAGCUCUGCAUCGGCACUGACGGCUGCAAGGGCAUUGAGUAUGGCUCCCGCAAGUGCGAAGUCUGGAUCCGCGCCGGCGGCAUCGGCGCCACGAAGUCUCUUUCGGGCUACACUUGCCUCCGCUAUACAGGCCCUGUCACCACAACAUCAACGACGACUACAACGACAACGACCACAACGACCACAACAACGACGACCACAACGACCACAACGACAACAACAACGACGACCACAACGACGGCGAUGAUGACGACAACUACCACAACAGCCUCCAGCUCUUCGCGUACAUUUCGCCCCGUGGAUGGAGGGCAGAACCGUGCCUGCCGCGGUGCCUCCCCGGGCGACAAUUCGCCUAACUAUUUUCAGGUCAGCAAUGAUGCCACUCUGGAGGGCUGCCAGUCGCAGUGCAUGUCGACCGACGGUUGCACGGGCAUCGAAUAUCACGUGCGUGGCCGUUGCGAAAUCUGGACGCGGCCGGAGGGAAUCCAUGCCUCUAUCUCGCUCGUGAACUACACCUGCCUUAGUUACAGCGCGCCAACUCCUGAGGGCAUCUUUGAGGCCGUCGACGGGGGCGAGGGCCGCGUCUGCCGAGGCGGCCAUCCAAACGACAACCGGGCCAGCUACUUCACGGUCGAGCAGGCCAGCUCUUUGGAAGGAUGCAAGUACAAGUGCAUGGAGGCAGAAGUCUGCCACUUUCUCGGAGACUAG